AUGUUCUUGAUCACACCGCCAAUCUUCAACAAAAACAAAAACGCCUCCGGGAAAUGUGAAAAGGUGGAUUGGGACUUUCUUUUAAACACAAACGAGAAGAACUAUAAAAAGAUUGUUUGUCGUCGCUGUAACUCCAUUGUUUUCCCACCAAAUGUUGUCAUUUACGUCGAAAAAUUCCCGGUGAAAUUGCCUCAAAUGAGUCAUGAAGGCGAAGGGAAAAUGCCAGAAGAAGUGAUUUCUUGGUGGUGGUACACGAAUGAUGAUCUCGAUUUUGACACGAUUGGAUGGCAGACAAUUAAGGGGAAAAGGUUUGUAUUGAUGUGUGGCGAUUGCGAGUUUGGACCGAUCGGCUUUCGAACCGAUGACAAUAAGCAUUUCUAUGUGGCCGUUGAGAGGAUGAACUAUCUCGAGCCGGCAAUCGAU